CAAUAUAAACACGCUAGGGUUUUGGGGGCAGAGCAAAUCGAAAUCUCCAAAGGAGAGAAGAUGAAGAGGCUACAUUACUUCUCCUCCUUUUGCCAAACUGUGUCAUCAACGCGUUCACCUCGCCCCCACGAUGCUGCCCUGCUCUUCGCCGUCUUACCUUAUUCGGCCUCGGCCGCCGCCGCCGCCGCUGUUGCCGCCGCAUCCAUCACUGGGAGGCACAUGUUCAUGGCCCAGUACCUCGUCAACUCAUGUGGCUUCGACCAGGAGAAAGCCACCGAGGCCUCGAAGCUUCUCAAGGGCAUCCAAUCCCGGCAGCAGCCGGACUCCAUCCUUGCUUUCCUCAAAAGUUACGGCUUCGAUGACGGAUCAACAAAAAGGCUCCUACUUUUGUUCCCCAAAUGUCUUCUUUUGGACGUAGAGAAGGCAUUUGCCCCAAGGUUUCGAGCUUUCGAAGAUCUUGGUCUCUCCCCAUCCGACAUCGUCAACCUCGUCAGGUCGAAUCCCUCCACCAUCAAAAUGAAACACGAACGCAUUGUAUCUAAGAUCGAAUUUUGGCAAGGCCUUCUCAGCUCCAAGGAUGCACUGGUGAAGUUGAUCAAGACAAACCGAGGGAUUCUUACGUACAGCAUUGAGAAUAAGAUCAAGCCCAACCUUGAGUUACUUCGGGAAUGUGGCUUGGACGGCCCAAAGCUUGCCUCUAUCUUGCGGAAUCGUCCAAAGAUUGUGGCACAGAAUGCUGAUUUCUUGAAGUCCUUGAUCAGUCGCGCAGAGGACUUGGGAGUGCCUCGGACAUCAGAGAUGUUCCAUCGCAUUCUUUGUGCACUCUUUACAGUCAGUUCAGAGAAGUUCAAGAUGCAAAUGGAGUUGUUCCGGAGCUUUGGGUGGUCAGAGAAUGAUUUUGUUGCGGCAUUCCAUAAAUGUCCUACCUUUCCGCUAAAGUCUUCGAUGACUUUGCAGAGAACAAUGGAGUUCUUGAUAAAUGAGGCUGGAUAUGCUUCUUCUUACAUCGCUAUACGUCCAGUACUAUUGAUAAUGAGCUUGGAGAGAAGGUUGAUUCCGAGACACCGGAUCUUGGCAACCUUGAAGUCCAGGGGGCACUGUGAAAGUGAUUACAAAGUAACAACAUACAUAAUGGCUACUGAGGCCAAAUUCGUAGAGAAGUACAUUACCCUCUACAAGGAUAGGUAUCCAGAUCUGAGUGAACUCUAUGCAAACUUAAGCCACUGUAAUGCUUCUGAUUCUGGAUUUCAAUGAGCUAAUAUUUAUGCCAACAAGCCUGAGGAUAAGAAGAAUUCACAGAAUCAUGGUCUUGUUUUUGCAUGUCAAUAUGCAUGAAGAUAAGAACAAUUCACAGGAUAUUGAUCUUGGUUUUGUGUGUCAAUUGAGCUAGAAGCUCUCAGAUUCAUCACUUGCCAUGUUAGACAAUUGUUACUGCAAGAGACAUCCUUCCUUUAUGAACACUUCUUGAAUUGUUUUGAACACUUCUUGAAUUUUUUGUCAAUUGAAAUGGUAGUACAUGUUUGAUACUGAA